GUUCUGGACAGUCGAUCGAUCGAUCAGCACAUUGAGCUGGCGUCCAAAGCACGAUGGCGUGCUCAUUCGCUCCCGUGACGAGCACUCCCUCCCUCUUGCGCCAUCCUUUGUGCCCUCAGAAUCAGCUUGUUGACUCUCUGUCCUCGACUCACGCUUCAUUAAGCGGUGCCCCAAUUCACAGCCUGAAGACAGCGCACCACCGCUCAUCAAUUCAGUAUGGGCAGCAUUUAAGAGUCCAAUGUAAAGCGGCACCGGAAAAGACUGCGCCAACAGCAGAGUCGUCUCUUCCUGUGAAGGCUGCGUGGUAUGCCUCAGAGGCGUUUGGGCAGGCCGUGGCGGCAUUUCGUCCCAAGAAGGACAAGGAGGAGGAAGAUGAGAUCGAUGAGGCGGUGCUGCCCUUGUCCCAUGAGGAGGUUGUGGCCCUGCUGCGGGCUGAUUAUGACAAAUCGUACUUUGUCACAGGCGACAUGACAACCCGGAUCUACGACAAGGACUGCGAGUUUGCGGACCCGUUUGCCAGCUUUAGAGGGCUCUAUCGCUUCAAGCGAAAUGUCAGCAACCUUGGCAGCUUCAUGGAGGAGGUCAACCUGACCAUCACUGAUUGGCAGGAGUCUGAGAAUAAGAUCGCAGCCAAGUGGCGGUUCAGAUGUGUGUUGGGCCUUCCCUGGCGGCCAAUCCUUGCAGCUUCCGGGGGAACAGAGCACUACUUCGACCCAACAAGCAAGAAAAUAGUCAAGCACGUUGAGAGCUGGGAUAUCUCCCCGGCAGAUGGGCUUCGGCAGCUCAUUAAGCCUAACCCCAAACAGAAAAAGAAAAGCUGAGUACCAUCUUGAGGGUCGGUGGAGUUGUCUACAUUGUGAAUUUGUUACUUGAAAUCUGCUCGAUUCAGCUCUGUGAUAUUCUUUCUAUCUGUAGGAACCCAGAACUUAGGCAACUUGUACGGGUUGUUAAGAUGAGACAUGUACUAUAGGUGCUUCGUUGCAGCUACGAGGCGCGUGUAUUUUUGAGUUGCGUGUUGGACCUAGGUGCUGCAAUCCGCAGUCAUAAGUUGCAUUUUGCUGUACAAGCUAGGCGUCUCCUUGCACAGCGAAUGAAUGCAGCUUUUGUCAAACUAAGAAUGUCGAAAUGGUGCAUAUGCACAUGACCCCGGUAACCCCGGC